GAAGUUUUCUUAAAAGAAGUGUCAUACUACGAAAAGACCAAUUAUUGCUUGGUUAAAAAGAAAAGAUGAAAAGCGAGCACAAAGAAAGGAGAAAUUGGCCUGCUACAGAGAAAAGAAUACUUAAAAACAUACGCAAGUUAGAAUCGGAAUUCAAAGUCCAAACCAGCGGACCAUGGAUCCUUCCUCCUACGUCCACCACCAUCAGCACCACCACAACAACCACCCAAGGUAUGUUCCUUUCUCUCCUCCUCUUCACCCUCCUCCGCCUCCCUCUCAUCCUCCUCCCUACAAACAAAGUCCUAACAAUCUCUACCCUUCCCGCCACCCGCUCCUUGCAACCCAGCUUCCGCCACAACUUAGGCCUCCGCCUCCUCCAUCAACCCAACAACAACAGCAAUCAUACCACCCUCUCCCUGCCCCACCCCCUCCAGUCCCGCGACAGCAGCAUCCUAAUCAUCAUCCUUAUAACCCUCAUCAUCCUCAAUACACUUUCAAUCCCAAUUUCAAUUCUAAUCCUAACCCUAACAAUGUUUCCCACCAAAUUCACGAUUUCCCUCAACGGCGCGUGCCCGAAUUCGAAACCCGCCCUGAUUACCGGCAUGACAAUCGGGUAUCUAGGCCCCAUACCGUUUCCAAUUUGGAUCGGGAGGCCCAUUAUCAUCAGUUUGAUAGGAGACCCGCCUCUCCGGGUAUUGAUAGGUUUAGGCAUGAUUUAGAGGGAAGUUCUAGGUUUAGAGAUCUAGAGCUGAAUCAGAGAGAAAGAGAGGAACUUGGUAGGGCUCACAGUGAUCGUUGGAUUUCCGAUCGAUCUACUAGGGAUUUUGGGAUUGUUACAAAGGGAUUUGAAUCGAAUUUGAAUAAUUUGAAAUUUUGUGAUCAUGAGGUUACUGAGAAUGGGAGAUGGGGUUCGCGUUUACAUGAUCAGUUAAUUGAUAAUGGAAAUAAUGAGAUUAAUGAAAGAGAUGAAAUGAGGGUUUUUUCCAGAAAAAUUGACUAUCAUCAUGAUUCAGAAAUAGAGAGGUUUAGUGAAAGGGGAAGUGCUGGAGAGGGUAGUCAUGAAUUGAACCGGACUCCGAGGAGGCAAAUGCAGAAAAAGAGUGCUUUCCUUAGGAUUCAAAAGUUGACUCCGAAUCAUAGGAGUAGGGAAGAUGAGAGAUCACAUUAUUUGGGUUAUUAUAAUGAGGGGAAAAGUGGUACUUUUAGAGGAAAAGAUUUGGUCUUACCUUUGGAUCAUGCGAUGGAAGAAAAAGAGAGAGAAGGUAGCCCUGUAGAGCUUGAUGUGUCUUUCAAAUCAAAUUCAUUGGUGGCUAAGGCAAUUGUGACUCCUAGUUCUGCACUGCUUUCUGAUUCCAAUGUGAAGCCUAGGAAUUCCAAAAUUAGGAGAGUUAUGGAAUUUGAUAAGGAUUGUUCAAGCUUGCAACCUAAUAGGGCCAAUGAGAGUAGUGCAAAAUUUGAUGGUUCCACUUCUGUUGUAAAUAGUGGUUUGGGUACUGAGGACUCUAAGAAUUCUGAGGCAAAAGUUAAAACUUCCAUUGCUGGUAAUGUGCAGGAUGGUAUUACAAAGCCUUGUUCAAAAGGAACCAAUGUUUCCCUAAGAAAGGGUAAGUUAAAAAAAUCUCCUAAGGUUACUGUGAUCAAGAAAAGAGAACCAUUAAAGGGGAAAGGUACAGUUCCUUGUAUUAGUAAUAUGGUUGAUGAUGGCGCACAAACUUGUUAUGACAGAGUCAAUGUUUUCGUUGGAGAGAAUAGAGUGGAAGGGACUCUUAAGAGCACCGUUUCUGAUAAAACUGGUGCUAGUGUUAGCAAACCAUCCUCUCUUAAGGCUACCAAGAAGAAAACAAUUGUGAGGAAAGUGGUGAAAAAGGUUAUGAGUUCUCCCUUAAAUUUGGAAAAUUCAGAUUCAGCAAAGAGGGGUGAUCAAUCUGUUAAGUCAGAUACUUCUACUCACUGUCCAUCUGCUGCCUCUGCAGCUGACAAGAGUGUUAUACCUCUUAAAAUGGAAAUUGCUUCUGCUGCUGUGGGUUCAGUGCAUGGCGUUUUUUCAGAGUGUUGUCCUAAAGAAUCAGCUCUGCUUCCUGAAGAUGAGAAAGUGAAUGGAGUGUCAAAGGAAGUUGGCACUGAUGUUGGUCCUGGUAGUUCAGUUGCUUCUAAGAUUAAGAGAAAGAGGAACAACUCCACUCCUUUGAGUUCUUCAGGUCAUGAAGAGACUAAAGUUGACCAGGGUUCUGUUAAUGCUGAUUCUGUCCAUGGUCUGCAUAUCGUUUCAAAUAUCAAGGAGGAUUGUACUGGAACAACAAAUGAAAGUAUUACAUCUGGCCCUCUUAUGGUUGAAGAUGUUAACAAGCAGUUUUACCAUAAUGAAAGUAACAUUAGUUAUGGUUUAUCAAGAUCAGAGGACAUCAAAGUCCUUGGAGAUAUUGUAGAUAUAGGUAGCUCAUCUGUUGCAAUGCAUAGCUCCAUGGGUUUAGGCUGUGGUUCAUCUAACACCCAGGAGAUAAAUAUUGCUUGUGACAUUGGCAAUGUGAAUUCGGCUAGCAAGCAGGUUUGUGCAACUCCUGGCAGUUCAAUAGUUGAGGAUGGUACCUCUGGGGGAUUACCUGAAGCGAAUUGGUCAUUAGGAAGCAACAAAAUGCCCCAUUUGCCAUGCGCAGAGGAAAUUCAAAUUAAUAGUGAUUCCAUUCAUGCAGACUGCUCCAACCAUAACAGAAGUACAAUCUGCACUCCUGAUAUUGAUUAUGUUCAUUCAGGGGGGAGCAACCAUGAGAUAGGUGAUGGUUUGACUAAACAAUCUGCUUUUUCGCUUGGGAAUUCUGGCACAGAAGGAACCCCAAAUGUUGUGGAAUCACUAGAACACAAAGAUGAAUAUGCAGCUAACAUCCACAAGCGAAAAGUUGGGAUUGGUGAGUUAGAUUUGUCAAGCUCAGCAUUUACUAACAUUUCUAUAGGAUCUGCAGAUUAUCUGGACACAACCAUCAGUACAUCUGGCAUAAAUUCCAAUCCUGCUGAAGCUAUGGGUAGUGGCAUUGGGUGUCUUGAUGUUGGCUUACAGGAUUCUAGAGAUGAAGUUAGUAUUUUGCAUUGGAGCAGUUCAAAUGUUGCCUUCCCAGAGGUAAGUGCUAGUGCAGAUGGAAAGUCUCCAGAGAAGAAAAAGAGAAAAAUUGCUACCUCCAGUUCUAGUGUGACAGCAACUGUAAUCAGCCAGGGAGCUACUGUUUCUGAUAUCUUUAAAUCUGUUGUACCACUACCUUCCAAUUUUCCUGGUGAUCUAUUGCAAUUGGAACAGAAAGUUAAAGCAUCUAGUAUGGAUGGUCUUCCUACAGAGGGGAUUGAUUUUUUGCUUGUAAACAGUUCAGCGGUUGGACCUUCUCAGGCUGUUGGUUAUUUAAGAGAUGCCUCAAGGGAUGAUCACCCAAGCAUUGGCCCUUCUUCAGCUUCUGUUGAGUCAGUUGCCCCAAGUUCCCCAUGCCUUCAUCCAUUACAGUUGGGAGGUGAGCAGUUAUCAACUGCAAGGCCAGUUUCUUCUGUAAAUAACCAUCAAAUUGAUGCUAUGGAUGUUGAAGGUGAUGACAAGGUAAAAGUGCAUGUGGAUACUGCAGAAGACCAAAAAAUUAUUUCUAGUGAGGUAACUCAAUGCAGAAUUACUCCAGAACAUAAGUCUGUCAGCUUAGAUGAGAGUUCACGUAGCACAGAUGUGGAAGAUGAUAAUCAUCUUCCUCUGAACAAUGAUUUACCUUCUGCAUCAAACUAUUUGGUUUUUGGAGUUGGUGCUAAUGAAGUUUCUGUUACCAACUCCAAUGAUGAAGCAAUGCGUGCACCUGAUAUACUAUCUGAUAUGGGUUCUAUCAAUAACCAUGAUAGCCUAUUUUUAAGCACAUCAACACCUUUCUGCCAAAAAUCAGAAGAGAAGGCUUAUGGUGAUGAAAGACUUUCAGAUGAUAAGCCUAUGAUUGAAGGUGCUUGCAACUCAUCUGCCAUUGUGUCAUAUUCACAGCAUAGCAAAACUAUUUUGAAGUCACAUGAUUUAAUUCAAACCAAUCAAUCAGUUGCUGGGAAGGCAGGAUUGUUGCCAUCACAUGAUUCCAAAAAUACUGAUUCCCCCAAUUUCAUAAGUGGAGAAACACAUGGUAGGAAAAACCAACUUACUCAUGUUGUUCCCAAGAGUUAUCCUACCCGCUCAUCAUUUGUUUUUUCUGCAUCCAAAAAUGCAACAUCUUCUACCAAGAUCACAAAACCUCGAACAUGGCAACGAACCAAUAAUUCUUCUGCUACUUUUCUAUCAGGAAAUAAGCCUUCCUUAAGUGCCAAUCCUUUGCAAAGGCAGAUGCCAAAAAAGUCUGCAUAUUUUCAAAGUACUUCUUACAUUCGUAAAGGUAACAGUCUUGUUAGAAAACCUGUUUCAAUUCCUGCUCUUCCCCAAAAUUCUCAUUCUUUGGGUUCAUCCGUUUACCGGCUGAACUCUGGGGUUGUAGAUGAAGUGAAGAAUGGCACAGGACCCAACAGUAGAGCUGAUGCUGUUGACUUGAGAACAGGAGGUGCACAUACCUCUUUUGAAAGGCCCACAACACCCCCCUUAUCCAGUGUCACCAAAGUACCAAAUUGUACUUCAAACUCAUCAGGAGAGUGUGCAUCUUCCCCAUUAGCAGAGCCUUGUAUUAGUGAUUGCUGUGAAGCUACAACAGAUCAUCCAAGUUGUCUGGAAAUUAAUGAUGUGCUCAAUUCCCCUGAGGAGAGACUGAAGACUUCUGAAUCUCUAAAUCGAAAUGGUUCGGUUAACACUUUGGAACACUGGACCGAGGAAAAUUAUGAUGACUUGGUUCCUUCAGAUGCAAAGAGGGUAACAUAUUUAAAGCCAAAAUCAAAUCAAUUGGUUGCAACUUCAGAUUGUGGUAGUACCUCUAUUCUCAAUGCUGAUAAGAACCAACCCUUUUCUGCUCCCUCUGAUGGCUACUACAAGAAAAGCAAAAACCAGCUACUUAGGACUGCCCUUGAGAGUCACAUCAAGCAGGCAGUUUCCAUGUCUAAUGACAAAUCCAACUCAGUGGGACACAUGGCUGCUCAGGUUAUUUCCAGUAGAACUUUUGGUAAGAGGCGAUCUAAUAAAGUUGUAGCAAAGACAAAUAAACCUUCCAAAUUCUCUCUGGUCUGGACUCUGCAUGGUGCAAGGCUAUCAAAUAAUCCGCAACUGUUUCCCUGGAAAAGAAUGACAUACAAAAGAAGCUUUAAGUUAAACUCAGUUUCUUCCUGCAAUAGUUCUUUAUCUACAAUUGGUCAGAAAAUGCUGCUAUUGAGAAAGAGAAAUACUGUUUAUACCAGGUCAAUGAAUGGAUUUUCAAUUCGGAAAUCAAAGGUGUUAAGUGUUGGUGGUUCUAGUUUGAAAUGGUCAAAAUCUAUUGAAAGGCGUUCAAGAAAAGCUAAUGAGGAAGCUACACUAGCAGUUGCUGAAUCCGAAAGAAAGAUAAGAGAAGGAAAUGUAAGUGUUUCUGGGAGAGGCAAAGGAAGUCACUCUUCACGUAAGGUUGUUCAUGGUACAGAGCUUCAUCCAGGAGAACGCAUAUUCCGCAUUGGUUCAGUGCGCUACAAAAUGGAUUCUUCAAGGCAUUCCCUUCAGAGGAUAACAGAUGGUGAGUCAUCAUGCUCUGCUGGUCACCUAUUAGAAAACAGUACCAAAAAAUCUUAUGUCCCAAGGAGAUUAGUGAUCGGGAAUGAUGAGUAUGUUCGACUUGGCAAUGGUAACCAGCUUGUUAGAGAUCCAAAGAGGUGGACUCGUGUUUUGGCAAGCGAGAAAGUUCGUUGGAGUUUGCACACUGCUAGGUUACGAUUGGUUAAAAAGCGGAAGUAUUGUCAAUUUUUCACAAGAUUUGGAAAAUGCAACAAAGAUGAUGGGAAGUGUCCUUAUAUUCAUGAUCCCUCCAAAAUUGCUGUAUGCACAAAAUUUCUCAAGGGUCUUUGUUCAAAUCCCAACUGCAAAUUGACUCAUAAGGUCAUUCCGGAACGAAUGCCUGAUUGUUCAUAUUUUUUGCAAGGUUUAUGCACAAAUGAAAAUUGUUCUUAUAGACAUGUACAUGUGAAUCCAAAUGCCUCUACUUGCGAAGGAUUCCUUAGGGGCUAUUGUGCUGAUGGUAACGAGUGUCGGAAGAAGCACAGCUAUGUCUGUCCCAAUUUUGAAGCAACAGGGUCUUGCUCUCAAGGAUCUAAAUGCAAGCUUCACCACCCGAAAUACCGGAGCAAGGGAAAGAAAAUAAAACGGUCAACGGAACAAAAAAAUGCUCGUGGGCGUUACUUUGGUAUUGACAUUUUGGAGCCCAAAAGAAUGGUUUCUGAAAGACACGAGGCAUUAGAUCAUGAUGACAUUUUCUUUGAUGGGAAAUUAUCUGAUUACAUUGGCCUUGAUGUUAGUGAUGAUGAAGCUGGGGAGCUUAAUCAUGUGAUGUUUGAUCAAACAACCUUUGGUGACAAUGAUUCCUCAGAUUUACAAUUAGAUGAUCUUGAUGAGUUAAUCAAACCUGUUGGAAUAAUGAACUGAGUGUAAGAUGAUAGGAUCAUUUCUGGUUAGCGAAGCUUAAAGCGUUGAUAAUGUGGCCUCAAUGGAGGAAUUGAAUAUGCUGUAUAGAGGGUGAGCUACUUUUACUUCUUUUUAAUCUUUUUUAUAACGUGUAAAAUUUCCCUUUUUACUGGGUACCAUUUGUCGAAUGUAACUUGUAACAGAACAGGAAUUUAGAAAUGAAAUAAAAAAUAACAGAAGUUUUCUGAUUAUUCGAGCCUAGUAAAUAUACUUUUGUUCUG